CACAGUGAUUUUUCCAUUUAAACAUCAGGGACGCUGCUUUGGGUUGUGCUGAGGUGGAUGACCACUGUAGGCUACAACAUUUACUCGUCACAGCUGAAUCAGUUUCAAUUUCAACAGGCUGUUGGGCGUCUCAUUCAUCAGCGACCGAGGAGACGAAAAAUUUAAAUGGACACUAAGGAGGACACUUCCUCUGAAUCAAGCUGUGAUGAACCCACAGAGAAUCUGCCCUCUGCCCUCAGUGAUCCAACAAUGGCCUCAGACCUCAGCAAGAGGAAGAGAAAGAGAUCAGCGUCUCCUGAACCCAGUGGUGUGUCUGUGAAGAGUGACUGGUCCAUUAACCCACCUCCUUCAUUUAGUGAUGCUCCAGUGACCUCUGACCACAGUCAUAUCCACAUCAGGCAGAACACAAAAAAAGCCCUUCAGACAGAAACUGGAGACCUGCAGAGAGUCAAAGACCAGCACAAAACCAGCAUGAAGAACAAAUAUGAGAGAUUAUUUGAGGGAAACAAACUCCAAGAGAAUCAAACCCUUCUGAACCGGAUCUACACCCAGCUGUACAUCAUAGAGGAAGAGAGUGAAGGAGUGAAUGAAGAACAUGAGGUUUUACAGAUGGAGAAAACAGCCAGAACAAAACACUCACAACACACUCCAAUCUACUGCAAUGACAUCUUUAAAGAGGAGAAAGAGCAAAUCAAGACUGUUCUUACUAAAGGCAUCGCUGGAAUCGGAAAAACCGUCUCUGUGCAGAAGUUCAUUCAGGACUGGGCCGAGGGAAAAGCCAAUCAGGAUGUAGAUUUCAUGUUUGUGCUUCCAUUUCGAGAGCUGAACUUGAUCAGAGAUCAUCAGUACAGUCUUCACAGACUUCUGCUGGACUUUCAUCCUGAACUUGAAGAUCUGGAGCCCAAGAUUUAUGAGGAGUGUAAAGUUGUGUUCAUCUUUGAUGGUCUGGAUGAAAGCAGAAUCACACUGAUGUUUUCAGACGCUCAGAAAGUUUGUGAUGUGACUGAGACUUCAUCAGUGGCUGUGUUGAUGUCAAAGCUGAUGAAAGGAGAGCUGCUUCCCUCUGCUCUCAUCUGGAUCACCUCCAGACCAGCAGCAGCCAAUCAGAUCCCCUCCAAAUACAUCAAGCGUCUGACAGAAAUUCAGGGAUUCACUGAGCCUCAGAAGGAGGAAUAUUUCAGGAAGAGAAUCAGUGAGCAGCAUCAAGCCAGCAGAAUCAUCUCACACAUCAGAAGAGCAAGAAGCCUCCACAUCAUGUGCCACAUACCCGUCUUCUGCUGGAUCUCAUCCACUGUGCUUCAGAAGCUCCUGGAAGAAGAUCUGAGUGCAGAAAUCCCUCAAACUCUGACUGAAAUGUACAUCCACUUCCUGCUGAUUCAGAUCAACAUGAGGAAUCAGAAGUAUGAAGAGAGAGAUCCAGAGAAACUCCUGCAGUCCAACAGAGAAGUGAUUGUCAAACUUGCUGAAGUGGCUUUCAAACAGCUGAUGAAGGGCAAUGUGAUGUUCUAUGAGGAGGACCUGAUUGAGAGCGGCAUAGACGUCUCUGACGCCUCAGUGUAUUCUGGGAUUUGCACUGAGAUCUUUAAGGAGGAAUCUGUGAUUCAGCAGAGGAAAGUCUACAGCUUCAUCCAUCUGAGUGUUCAGGAGUUUCUGGCUGCUUUCUAUCUGUUUUACUACCAUGUGAACACAACUAUGGUGGUACUGAAGACAUUUGCUUCAUUGCAAAAAUUGCUUAAAGGUGCUGUAGAUGAUGCCAUUGAGAGUGAGAGUGGGCGUCUGGAUCUGUUCCUGAGGUUCCUGCUGGGCGUCUCACUGGAGUCCAAUCAGAGACUCUUACAGGAUCUACUGACACACACAGAGAAGAGCUCAGAGAGCAUCAGGAGAAGCACACAGUACAUUAAAGAGAAGAUCAGAGAUGGACAUGGACUCUCCACUGAAAGAUCCAUCAAUCUGUUCCUCUGUCUGCUGGAAGUGAAAGAUCAGACUCUGUCCAGAGAGAUUCAGGAGUUUGUGAAAUCAGACAAACAGUCAGAGAAGAAACUCUCUCCUGCUCACUGCUCAACAAUCGCCUACAUGCUUCAGAUAUCAGAGGAGGUGCUGGAUGAGCUGGAGCUCCAGAAAUACAACACAUCAGAUGAGGGCAGAAGAAGACUGAUACCAGCCGUCAGCAACUGCACAAGAGCUCUUGAGUGUUUAAUCUGGUGUUACAGUGAAGAGACUUUUCUGAAUGGAAUUUCUGUUGUAUUAAUAGAUCCUGAGUUUGUUUUAAGUAAAACUGAAUUCUCAGAUAUUUUCCUCUCUUUCAGUCUUGCUGGCUGUAAUCUCUCUGCUCAGGAUUGUGAAAUUGUGUCGUCAGUUCUUCAAUCCUCAAACUGUGUCCUGAGAGAGCUGGACCUGAGUAACAAUGACCUGCAGGAUUCAGGAGUGAAGCUGCUCUCUGAUGGACUGAAGAGUCCAAACUGUCAGCUGGAGAUACUGAGGUUAUCUGGCUGUAUGGUGACAGAGGAAGGCUGUGGUUUUGUGUCUUCAGCUCUGAGUUCAAACCCCUCACACCUGAGAGAGCUGGAUCUUAGCUACAAUCACCCAGGACAAUCAGGAGUCCAGCUGCUCCAACACACACUGGAGGAUCCACACUGUACACUGGAGAAACUCAAAUUAUACCAUGGAGGACAUUUCAGGAUCACACCUGGAUUGAGAAAAUAUGCCUGCUUUCUCACACUGGAUCCAAACACAGCACACACUCAUCUUCAGCUGUCUGAGGGGAAUCGAAAGGCAACACAUGUGCCAGAACCUCAGCCGUAUCCUGAUCAUCCAGACAGAUUUGAUCAACAGGAGCAGGUUCUGUGUAAAGAGCCUCUGACUGGACGCUGUUACUGGGAGGUGAAAUGGAGUGGAUUUGGUCUUAUAGGGGUGGCUUAUAAAGCGAUCAACAGGAAAAGUGUGAACGAAUGUCGUUUUGGAUGCAGUGAAAAGUCUUGGAAUCUGUACUGCUGUGAUGAGGUUUACUCUGCCUGGUAUAAUAAUAAGAGCAUUGAUGUGUUUGGUCCUUCAUCUCAUACUAAUAGAAUAGGAGUGUAUGUUGACGUGCCGUCCGGCUAUCUGUCUUUCUACAGCGUCUCUGACACACACACACUCACACACUUACACACAUUCAACACUAAAUUCACUGAAGACAUCUAUACAGGAUUUAAGGUUUAUCCUAAAUCGUCAGUGUCUUUGUGUCAGAUUUAACAACCUGCUGAAGUUCCUCACAGAAAAACAAACGCAGGCCCAUUUACAACCUAACCCCAAAACACCAAUCACAGACAAAAUCACAUGAAGUUUCCUUUAUUGCUAACACUGGGUUUGGAAACCAGUUUUUACAAUUAACUACCUGGCUGCUUAGUAGUACUGAUAAAUGCCUCAUUCUCCAUAUUUCAGAUCUUAUAAUCAUAACCCAUAUUUACACUUAACAGCACUGCACUAACUGUUAAUAAUUAACAAAUUACAUGUUUAUUUGAGGCAAAAGUCAUAGUAAAUAGUUGGACUUGCUCCUCAAAAUAAACUGUGACCUUCAUUGUGUCAACAAUCUCAUAUUGCUGAAGCAAACACCAGUCCACACUGCUUUCUGCACAGUUUUGCAUAUUUAUUAUGUGUGACAUGGUAAUGAGGAUUCUUCAGCUUAACUGAACGCAAACCUCAAUUUCAGUGUUAGUGUAUUCACAGGAUGCAUGGUUUUCUUGUGUGUCAGCCAGUGGUUUAGUCCUUGCUAUAUGCCCGUAUACUCAGUAUGCCUACUUUUUUCCACGAGCUGUUUGGGUAUUACCACUUCUGUGGAUCAUACUCUCGUUAUACUCGCUUGUUUUGGUGAUUAGACUUCCCUAAUUUCUGUCUAUUGAGUAUUUGAGUUUUUCGAAGAUCACAACAAAUCAGCUGAAUGAAGUCUCGCUGAAACGUUCAAGUAAGAUUAUAAAACAGCAUGGGCGUUGCUUUAGCCCUCCCAUAUUUCCAUUCAGCCCCCUAAGACCUUUGCGAUUACCUGUACACUACUAAAUGACCGACUCAGUCCCCUUUAAAUUUGAAAUAAAAACGGCGGCAGAAUCCCGCUCCUGAACUCGUUUUUUAGUUAGUCAGCAAACCACAGUGUGUGUGUGUUUAUAUAUAUAUAUAUCGAAUCAAUCAAAUGAAUCAAAGAUACAUUGACUUUCGUCGUUUCUUUGUCUACUUUUAAAAUUUGGAUUGGGUGGGUAAUAGUACACCACCUAUUUUUUAGAACUACAUCCCUGGUGUCAGCCUAUAUAAUUUGCCCAAACUGAACUUUCUACUUCAGUUUAGGACAGUUGUUAAUCUUAUGCUACGUUCACACUGCAACCAAAUGUGGCCCGAAUUGGAUUUUUUUGUCCUCAUGUGACUCGGGUAAUGAUAGUGUGAAUGGCCUAAACCACAUGGAAUCUGAUCCUUUCAGGUCAGAUCUGUGCCACUAUCAUAUGUAGUCUUAAAUCAGACACAGAUCUGAUGUUUUGCAGUGUGAAGGGUUAUGUCGGAUUUCAUGUGGCAUAAUCUUUGAGCGACAUGCGUCAUCAUUCUGUGCUGCAGACAUCAUCUACUCCUCAGCAUCACAGUAGAAUGGCACACAGGGUGAUUACCACAGAAAAUUGGUUGUUCAUUUUGAAAAUAGAUUUUGAAGGCAAAACUGGUGCUUGUUAACGAUUGUGGCACGGGUUGAUCGCGAAGCUAAAGAGCGUCAUGCGUGUUGCGGAUAGGGGAUCUGUGCGCAAAGGAGGGAGAACUUU